AUGAUGCCACAAAGUGGAGUUGCUCAACCACCAAUGGAUCAACAUCAACAACAACAGUACCAGCAACAACAACAACAACAACAAUGGAUGAUGCCACCUCAGCAACAGCCACAACAGCAACAACCGCAAUUUCAACCUUCUUGGGGUCAACAACAGCAAACUAUGUCUCAACAGUACGGUGCUAAUCCUAGCCCUACCUCUACUGGUAAUCCAAAUGAGGUUCGCUCUCUUUGGAUUGGAGAUUUGCAGUAUUGGAUGGAUGAGAAUUAUCUCUCCACUUGUUUCUAUCACACCGGCGAGCUUGUUUCUGCUAAGGUCAUCAGGAACAAGCAAAGUGGUCAGUCUGAAGGUUAUGGAUUCCUUGAGUUCAGGAGUCAUGCAGCUGCAGAAACUAUUUUACAGACGUAUAAUGGCACCUUGAUGCCAAAUGUGGAACAGAAUUUCCGUAUGAACUGGGCAUCUCUUGGUGCCGGUGAGAGGCGAGAUGAUUCACCCGAGUAUACAAUAUUUGUUGGUGAUUUGGCUGCUGAUGUGACGGAUUAUGUGCUACAAGAGACAUUCAAACCCGUGUAUUCAUCAGUAAAAGGUGCAAAAGUUGUAACAGAUAGAAUCACUGGACGUACCAAGGGAUAUGGAUUUGUCAAGUUCGGUGAUGAGAGUGAACAAUUGCGUGCUAUGACCGAAAUGAAUGGUGUGCUUUGUUCAACUAGGCCCAUGAGGAUUGGCCCAGCUGCGAACAAGAAACCAGUGGGUACCCCACAGAAAGCUACCUUCCAAAAUCCUCAAGCUACUACUCAAGGCGAAAGUGACCCCAAUAAUACAACUAUAUUUGUUGGUGGUUUGGAUCCCAGUGUUGCUGAAGAGCAUUUGCGGCAAGUGUUCUCCCCAUACGGUGAAUUGGUUCACGUGAAAAUAGUGGCUGGAAAGCGCUGUGGCUUUGUUCAGUUUGGUAGUAGAGCUUCUGCUGAGCAGGCUUUGUCAAGCUUGAAUGGAACACAAUUGGGAGGACAAAGCAUUCGGCUUUCUUGGGGGCGUAGCCCCUCUAGCAAACAGUCCGACCAGACUCAAUGGGGUGGUGGUGCUGGGGCUGGGGCUGGUGCUGGUGCUGGUGCGUAUUAUGGGUACCAAGGGUAUGAGGCUUAUGGAUAUGCUCCACCCGCUCAGGACCCUAAUAUGUAUUACGGGAAUUACCCAGGAUAUACGAAUUAUCAGCAGCCACAACAGUGAUGUUGCUUGUUUUCAAGGAGGCAAAGUAGGCGGCGUUCAAGUUUCCAAUGCUUAGGCUGAUGUUUCCAGUCGGUGCGGACUGGUUGUACAAUGAUUUGAUAAACUGAGUGACCGUGUGAGUUUUUGUGGGACAUUUUUCUUUUCUUUGUAAUGUGAGUUUGCUAUUACAUACUAGUACUGAAACCUUUGAGUAGUAUCUUAACCUAAAAUCCAAAUUCUAUGGCCGAUGCUUAUCUAGCUUGUUAUGACAUUGUAUGUGUAAACUUCUCAUGUUGUUUCUUAGCAUUUUCGAUUUGUAGUUUUUGAUUGCUUUUGGUUUAAA